AUGUUGUACAUUGCCCACACUGCCCACUGGCAGUUCUUCGCUCUGGUUGUAGGGUUCCUCUCUUGGAUCAUCACCUUGGCCACGACUGGGCUGAACCAAUGGCGCAUUUGGUUCGUCAACAACACAACUGUCAUCAACUCUGGCGUGGCCUGGGUUGGCAUCUGGAGGGCAUGUUUCUACAGCCACGUAUUGUCUGAAAUUGAAUACUGCCAGUACUUAAGUAUCACAGAAUCGUUUUUACCCACAGAGAUCAAAGUAGCACAGGUACUAAUAAUGCUGGCUCUGAUCACUGGGUUGGUUGGAAACAUGGUUGCCGCUAAUGGAAUGAGACUUGCAUACUUUUCUGUGGAAAACCGUAGCAGAAUCAAGCUAUUCUUCCCCCUAGCUGGGACUAUAUAUUUGUUUACAGGUUUUUGCUCCUUGCUGCCAAUAGCCUGGAACUUGAACUCUGUCCUCAACAAUCACACAAUAGACUUUCCACCAGAGUACCACUUUCCUGCCGCUCCAGUCAGUCAGAAAGUGGGCAAUGCCAUCAUAGUGGGGGCUUUUAGUUCAGUGCUAAUGCUUUUAAGUGGUCUGACUUUUUUGUGCUAUCGCUAUGGUUGGCAAACACUAAAAACAGAAACCCUAAAAGACCCGUCAGACCCUCUUUGUGGUCCCUGGACUCAAACAAGCCUCGGAUCGAGCUCGGGACAACAGCCCAAUGGAGGAACCAAGGGCAGAGAUAAUGCGGCUUUUCAGUUGGAGGAGAUGUCAUGA